AUCGGCUUUCCAAAUCUUACCUUAUCACUUAAAAACUUUCCAAUUAUAAGACGGGAAACCACAUAGAAGCACAUACGCGUAUCAUCAUCAUAACCUAUCAUCUCCAACAAUGUCUUCUGCUUUCGUUCAGCGCCCGGCUCCGGCCUUUACUGCUACUACCGUCUUUCCCGGCGGCGAGUUCAAGGACAUUUCCUUAUCGGAUUACCUUGGUCAAUGGGUCGUCCUUCUCUUCUACCCUCUUGAUUUCACAUUCGUCUGCCCGACUGAGAUCAUCCAGUACAACGAUGCCCUGCCUCGCUUCCGUGCCAUCAACACUACCGUCCUCGGCGUGUCGACCGACUCUCACUUCUCCCAUUUGGCUUGGACUGAGAGACCUCGCAAGCAGGGUGGUCUGGGCUCAGACUUGGAACUGCCUUUGGUGGCAGACAAGUCGCACAAGAUCUCUCGCAGCUAUGGCGUUCUGAUUGAGGACGAGGGUGUCGCCCUACGCGGCCUCUUCAUCAUCGAUCCUAAGGGUGUUCUGCGACAGAUCACCGUCAAUGACCUUCCCGUCGGACGCGACGUCGAAGAGACAAUCCGACUUGUUCAGGCGUUCCAAUUCACCGACGAGCACGGCGAGGUCUGCCCGGCAGGCUGGCAAAAUGGCAGCAAGGGAAUGAAAGCUGACCCCAAGGGCAGUUUGGAGUACUUUGCUACUCAGGAUGGUCCAACUGAGAAUGGUCAUGCCAAUGGAAAUGGCGAGUCUAAGAAGCGAGCCAGAGUGGAUUAGACCAGGAGGGCCCUUUGUGGAGAAAUUGGAGAAGCAGACCACUGACGUAAGUGGUCUGGAUGGCUGUGAGUAAUUAGACCGUGCAUUCUAUCUUUCAAGGGAGCGUAAGUUCUUCCACGAAGCACAUAAUAGCAA